GAAACAGCUGUCGUUUACUAUUAUCUGUAACAAAAGCUGUAAACAUUUUGAUUCAAGUGAAAAUAAAAUCAUUCCAUUUUUGGAUGACAAAGAGCAUAGACAUCAAACUAUUAUUUUACAAUGAAAUUCUUGUUAGUUUUAGCAGCUUUCUGUGCUUUUGCACAUGCCGACCAUAAAUGCACGGAUCGUGCAAAAUUUCUGGAAUAUCGUGCCGAAUGCGCUACUGCCAAUGGAGUUUCCGAGGAGCAAAUUGAGAAGCUGAAAACCUACCAAUUUGACUUUGAAUCCGAAAAUGUUUAUUGCCACGUCAAGUGCAUUUUCGAAAAGAUGGACUUAUUUGCCGAGGAUAAGUUUUUAGUUGACAACGUGCUUCACCAAUUGCAUCAUGGUACAAAGGAUUUGGAUGAUGCUGCAGUUCGCGGCGAUUUGGAGCACUGCGUUGAAGAAUUCAAAGGCGAAAGUGAAAAGUGCAAAUUCGUUUUUGACGUAUUGAAGUGCUUCAAGGCUAAAAAUGAAAAGAAUGUUGAUUAUUUGAAGAAUAGCUUUGUUCCACACGAUAAAGAGCACUCUCACGACCAUGAUCAUUCGCACGAUCAUACUCAUCACCACUAAACUUUUUGUCGUCUUUAAAUAAUAUUUUUCUAUAAUUAUUUAAAAACAAAUGGAAAAAUAAAAUCGCGUUAAUAUUUUAUUAUAAAGCUAA